AUGCCAUCUCUUAUCUCCUCGUUACACCGGCUCGUCUCUACCCUGCACCCGUUACCGGCACAUCAAGUAGGACCUGCUGCGAAGACACCCCGGCUUUAUAAGACCUCCGUCGACCAACAGGAUCCGUCGUCAGUUGAUCGCCACUAACCCAGCUCAGUCCGCUGAUUAAUCGUGCAUCAGUGGUUGCUGUUGUUUAAACGCUGACAAUUUAAUACACUAUAGUAUUUCAUCAUGUGGCUGUUGUGGGGAUUACUGAUUGUGCAAGUGGUUAAAGGACAGCAUGGUCCGCAUGUCCCGGACAGUGGGGUGGCGGUGACGGCCGAGGGACAGCUGUACAAUGGGAAGCCGGAAUCGGCCGCUGCCGGAAACCCGGAGCCGUUGAUGGGCGCGGCCACGGGAUAUUCGACGCGUUAUGGCGGCGGACAGGGCAGUAAUUAUAAUGGCGGUUACAACAGCGGAUACGAUAACAAUAACCACGGAGGAAGCUACAGCAAUUAUGGAGGAAACAGUUACGAUUCCGGCUACGGCAGCGGCAACAGCUACAAUAACUACGGGUGUUACGGACGGCAGCCGGGGAUGUACGGGGAUGCCAGCUAUGACUGCAAGACCUUCCAAGUGUGCCAAGCCGAUGGACGUCUGGAUACCAUGUACUGUCCGCCUUAUACACGCUUCAACAAUUACCUGGGUGUCUGCGACUGGCAUUUCAAGGUCGAUUCCUACUGCAACCCAUUGUACAAAGAGGAAUACAACAACAACUAUAACAGCUACAGCAGCAGCAACUACGACUCGGGAUCGUACAAUAACAACAACAAUUACGGAAACACCGGCUACGAUAACUACAACAAAGGAUCCAGUUACAGCAGCGGCAGCAACAACUACGGCGGCGGUAGCAGCAAUUAUAACGGCGCAUACAGCACGAACGUCGGCACCGGCUACAACACCUACAACAGCGGAUACCGGACACCCAUCUACGGCUUAGCGGCCGGUGGCAAAUAUUAGACUGUAUUCCUCCACUGAUGCAGUUUUUUAUACAACCCGCUACUUUCUGUGAUGCCUUGUACAUAUAAUCGCUGCGUAUAAUUUAUAUAUGAAAAUAUUCGCAUCCGGACAAUGCUGGGCAUUGUUCGGCUAAGCUGGUCCGAUGUAAUGACUAAUAACUAAUUUUUCUUGUACAUACGGCAUUAGUCUUGGAGUUUAUUGGACCGGACAGUACGCGCACGUGGUGCGGUGUGUACAGCUGGAUGGAAAGCGCGACCAGCCUUUGUGUCAACAUAGGUGAAAUAAA